AUGAUGGCCACCGCACAGAAUGGACACACCGAUCCAAGAGCUCAACUCGAAGAAAUAAUAGACAACCUGCUGAACAAAAUAUGGGAAAUAAUGGUGCAACUAAAUGAAUAUGAGUCGGAGAAUAAGAAAGAACUUGUAGAAUGCCUGGACGAGGUCAACCGGCUUCAAGAAAAGAUCAAACACAUAGAGAUUCCUAUGACAGUGGUAGAUUAUAUCGAUGAAGGCCGCAAUCCCGACAUCUUCACGUCAGAAUAUGUCGAAGAAGUGAUGACAGAAAACCAAGUGGUCAAUAUAAAAAAUGAUGCCAUAAUAGACUUCAAAAACUUGUUUCUCGAACAACUUCAAGAAACCUUUCCUGAACAAACGGACGCGUAUAAGAAAUGCGUUCAAAUGAAUAGCAACGAUCUACCAGCCACCAAUGGUCAUUGA